AAUCUCAACUCAACUCAACGUCGUAAAAAGUCUCAAGACGGAGAGAAAUGGUUGCAUUUUUAGAUUUGUUUGCUGAAGUCCCUUUUGUACCUUUCACGGAGCCGCGUUCCAUGUUCUAGAAUAGGCCUUUGGGAAACCCUGUAAUGCACACGGAGUGGCAAAUCCUCACGUUGGUGAAGUUGGAGGCCUGCAUGAAAUAGUUUACAACUCCCCUCUACUGGUUAUUUUUGUGUGUUGAGAAAGAAAGUGACUAGUCUUGUGCUUCGAAUUCGAGGCGACUGCAGUCCACCACUAUCCUCCACGAAGUCCUGAGUUGUCAAAAGUUCCUGAGCUGCUACCGAUAUCAUACUGAGCCAAAUGGCGUUCAGUAGAUUGAAGAGCUAGAGCCAAGUAACAGGGACAGAGAUAGACUGAUAGAGAAAGUGUGUGAGACACAGAGGGAGACACAAACCAAGUCGAGAGUGACUUCACGCUCAAGAAAGAUUGUAGCCAGUCACAAAUCUCAAUUUGAGAACCAGUCCACAGCAAAGCACGCAUUGUUGGUGUGUUGUACGCCAUCGCUGUGUUGCCCUGUUUGGUGUGGGACAAGCGUCUCAGUAUCAACUCGCAGAUGAAAUUGUUGCCUGUUGGCGUCGAUAUAAUACUGACAUGGCCACAACGGAGAUGAAUGUUCUGACGCCGGAGAAGUACCUGGAGGAACUAUCACCGUUCCUUGGGCAAACGGGCUGCAUAAAGAGUGCGCAUGAUGUCGACAAGAUUAUUUCGCGGAUGGAGGACCCAACCCUUCUCCUUGUUUCCAAGUCCAUCCUGACUAGCGCUGUCAGGGCAACGAAGGCACCGUCCACGCUGGAAAAAUUUAUGUCCUCUGGUGGCUGGGCCAUUCUCAACACCUGGUUAGAGAAUUCGAUGAAGAAAGGAGAGGAGAACUACCCGUUCAUCGUUUGCUUGUUGGAUGUACUGCGCAAACUACCUGUGACUGUCGAGUACUUACAGCAGGGUAACUUUGGCAAGUUGGUCAAGCAACUGAAGAAGGCUGAUGAUGAAGAAGCUAGCACAGCAGCAUCGGGCUUGCUGAAAGAAUGGCUGCUUGUGGUGAAGAAACACCAGAACCCGAGCUCCUCCAAGGAAGCCCUGGAGAAGAAGAGGAAGUUGGAAGAGGAGAAGAAAGCUGCAGCGGCAGCACUUGGGCCCAUUUCAGCUUCUGUUCGAGCAAAGGAGAAGGAAGUUGCCAAGCCGACGGCAAAGCCAAAAAGCAGGAAGACCAAGAAGAAAGCCGAUGACGGUAAAGUGGAUGAGCCAGCGGAGAAGAAGAGCAAGCCAGCCGACCUAGCUAAGCCAGGCGAAGUGGUGAAGAAGGAGAAGGUCAAAAGUCCAACCGCACCGCCCGUGGAAAGUGCUGGAUUCAUGAACGCGCUCAGUUCGGCUAAUCUGCCCAAGGCACGCAUGCGUAAGAAGUCCGUACCUCCGCCUAAUCAGAAGAAUCCUAAAGCUGGUGCUGGCACUGGCGUCAAGAUGGAUACAGAAGACGUCCCCGGAGAUCGCUCUGCCACGGCUGGUGGUUCAGCAGAGACUUCUUCGCAGCAGCAGCAGCAGCAGCAGCAGCAGGAUGUGGACGAUGGUGCUCAAAUGGAAACUCAUGAAGCUAUGGAUACGAGUGUACCACAUCCUCCUAUGCCAGUGCCCUCAUCUUACAGCGGUGCUGGUGUCUUGGUCUAUCCCGGACAGCGGAACCGGAAGAAGAAGCGUGUCACAUGGGCUCCAGCGGAGACCAUGCGCGACGUCUACUUCUUUGAGAUUGAAGAAGGAGAACGAGUGAACAUGCAUGCCAAGAACUUCUUGGAUAUUGCAAAGAUGGAGAAAGAAAAAGAGGCAUUGGCAUUGAGAACGUUCCGCUCUGAAGCUGUUGAGAGUAUUCCGUGGCGCUUGGUUCCUAUCUCACGGGACACUCCUGCCCUGGUGUCGCCUGGAUUUAAGAGCAGUGAGAAAAUCAAACAGGAGAGACGUGAACAGUCCACAUUGGCUUUCCUCUUCCUCAGUAAAGCUAGUCUACCAGAUACACCUGGUGAACCAGAACCUGAAAUGUCUGACUCAAGUCGCUCGUUCGCCGAACCCAAACUCAUUCCCAUCCUGGACGAAAGUGAUCCUGGUUUACCUACCGGUGCAGUUGCGCCUGGUAUUCCCGCUGCUGUGACGGCGCCUGCAGCAUACGCUGGCGAUGUCGUGGGAAUGCAGGGAGCACAGCUGCCGGUAGCCACUGCUCCUGCAGCUGCUGCUGCUCCUGCUGCUCACCCUGUACCAGGUCUAGACUCUACUCAAACCCAGGCAUCUGUUCAGGACUUGCUGGAUAAGCUUAAGACUAAAGGAAUGAUCUCGGCGGAGGGUGCAGCAGGUCAGCAGCAGCAACCCGGGGGCAUGAUCCCACCCGGUCCCGGCAUGCAGCAGCCGCACUUUGCCGGUCAGCCCGUACCCAACCGACCCCCAGGUCCGGGGAUAGGUCCCCCGGGCAACCAGCCCAUGCCUGGUGGCCCUGGCGGCAUGGCACCGAUGUUUGACGGCGGCAUGCCCCCACCGCAUCCGGGCAUGAUGCCUCCGCCGGGCAUGCCAUCCCAUGAGGGCUCUUUCCCGCCCCAGCACGGCGGCGCACCUCCACAGUAUGUACCGCAGCAGGAUGGUCCACCGCCCAUGGGACAUGCUGGCGGCGGUAAUUGGAGACCAAUGGGUCCGGGAGGUCCUGCACCUGUUGGAGGGCCAGCACUACUGCCCACGCCAUCGGGGCCACAAGCGCCACCCAUGCCGUCCGGAUAUCAGGAGGAGUAUAUUGAUGGUGGAAACAAUGGCGGAGGAAACAAUGGAGGAGGCGGUGGUAGUGGUGGUGGUGGUGGUGGCGGCGGUCGUCCAGACUACCCCGUUGAAAUGGACUAUCACGAUGAUUAUGACUCUCGGCCGCGUGGCCGUGGUGGAUACCGAGGACGCAGAGGAGGAAGGGGUCGAGGUGGUGCGUCUAGUGUGCCAUGUCGUCACUACAUGUCACCACGCGGCUGCACCAUGGGUGACAACUGCCGCUUCCUGCAUCCAGCACCUGGCUCUCUGGACAACUGGGACAACGGUGCACAGCAUAGUGGCGGUGGUGGGUAUGAGUACGACCGGCCUCCACACACCAAUGCUGGUCCACCGCCGUUCAGAGGUGGCCGAGCAGGAGGUGGUGGUGGUGCUGGCGGCGGCGGUAGUGCUGGUCCCUAUCAUGCUGCUGCUCCUGGCGGGGGCUCCAUGCCUCCACAGCUACCACCACACCACCACCAUGAACCAGGCUCCAGUGGUGCUGUUGGGGAUAUGCCAAUGGUACAUGGACAGCAGUUUCCACACAACCAACCCCCAUCACAAGAGCUUCCACAGCAACAACAACAACAACAACAACAGCAGCCACCUCUGAUGGACAUGCGUCCACCAGCCACGUUGGCUGCCUACCCACCAACGCAACAGCCUCUGGGUGAGGCACGUGAUCCCCAGCCGCUUGCACUGCCACCAGCCUCGUCCAUAUCAUCAUUGUCUGAGCCCAGUGGCAUGCACUCGGCUAGUACUCUUGUCGAUCCCGUUCGGUCCGCGGCAAGAACUGGCGCCGUCGGUGCCAUUCCGGAGAUCGUGUCACAUCAGCAGCAGCAGCAAUCCGCUGCCGUUGAUGACACGGGUGGCUCUGCAGAGCCCGCACCGCCGAACACUGGUAGUGGUGCAUUGCAGCACACCGAUACGCCGCCUGGGACAUCGGCACGCCCGCCGGACACUGCUGGAUCUACUGCAGCCACGGCCACUGCUUCUAGUUUAGGUUCUCGCAGUGCUGCUAGUGGUGCUGAUGAUACUAAUUUACCCAAUGUUGCUGCUACUGCAACUGCUGUACCUAGUGAUAGUGCAUUGUCCCAUUCUGCUACUACUGCUGCUACUGCUAUUCGUUCUACUGCUAGUUCUGCUGCUGCUGACUCGGCUGGUAUGGGUUCUAUGCAUGAGUCAUCUGACCAAACUAAGCAUCAUUCAGCUGCUGCUGUACAACCGGCGGCCACAGGGCAUGCUAGUGUAGCUGAUGAUAGGGCUAGCAGUGUAUGUGAUGCCGUAUCGGCGCCUAGCCAAGAGGCAGUGGCGGCUACGCAUGCACAUGCACACGCCCCCGGUGCGGCGGCGGCUUUGGUGGGUGAUGAGCCCGAGGUACAUGUAGGAAGAGAACAGCGGCAGGCAGCGUCUCCGCUGCCGCCUGUAUCAAACACGGACACCAGUGCUAGUGGUGCAGCGACAGAUACGGGGGUGUUGCCGUCGCUGGCAGACACGGCGGUGGAUGCGCCGCCGUCGCCAACACGCACAGCAGAGUAGGCUAAUGUCCUCGAGUGCGUGUGUGUUCCUAGAAUCCACCAGCAGCAGCAGCCAUCAUACUAUAGUUCUUUACUUGUACAGUGGCAGACGGUCACGAUUCGUCGUGCUGCUUGCACCAUUCAAGUAUCCUGCAAGUACCCUGGUCAUUGCAAGCACAUUGCUGUGAGUUAGGUGUAGCACAAGCCUGCUGCACUGGCCACGGGGUACGUGUAGCUCAGGCUUGACCCUGGUUGACAGCCUAAGUUGACGACACCCUAUCCUGCCGCUCGUGCGUUCCUAGGCCUGUUGCAGCCGUUGUCUUUACUCGCCAGCCAAGCUGACCAGUCUUUCUCGGGGGUAUUGCUAUUGUCAGUACUGUUCUGUUCCUGUGCGGUAUAUACCCUCCGCUGCUAACACACCCGCCGCAUUCGCCUUUUUACUUGCCCAGGGCCGUUCGAGUGUGUCUUUGUGGGUUUAAUCCGGCAACGCAUAGACCAGGCUGGUGUGUGUGUGUGUGUGUGUGUGUGUUGUUCCCCCUUCACCAGUGAACUCUUUCGGCAGCUGCGGCUAAUGAGCUUUGCAACGUUUCGUAUUUGUUUUAGGGUGUGCCUGUGUUGGCAUGCUUGGAACUCUUUCCCUGUCUGCUUGGUGUCUCUUAGGGUGUUUUUACUUCAUUUCUUCCUGCUAUCCUCGCUGUCUUGUCUCCUUUUUUGGAUAUCCUCUGUCUGCUUUGCUGUGGUCCUUCUGUGCAACCCCGUUUUGUUUCUGUGCACUUGAGAAGUGUUUGAGACCUGAUAUCCUGCGCUGCAGCUUGUUACUACUUCUAAACACUUACAGCCAUUGGUUUCUAUUUUUACUUCUACAAUGCCAUGCUGAUGGCAAGUUAGUUACCAAAAUGAUGGUAAAUUGCUAAUGUUUGGGUUUGUGCCAAAUCCCUGUGGUCACUAUCCGUGGAUCAUGGAUAGACCACAGGGAUCCAUGCCAAGCUGUAUCGCGUAGCUAGCUGCAACACUUUGUAGUGUAUUUGACUCUGUGACAAUGCUGGCUUUCGCUGCCACCGUUCGACGGCUGUAUAGUUCGAUCAUGUAUGUCCGUACCCCUGGCUUUAUCGUGCAUGUCUUUCUGGUUAUGUCGUAUACCAUGCGUGGUAUACAGUCAUGA